AAGACACGUCUAGAAGUUUGUCGAGUUGUGCUGUGGUGUGGUGAGCGUCCAACUCAGACUCAACCGCCUCAAUUGGCUCACGUGCGGGGAUCCAUCCCGAAGUCUCUCAUUUCAUCCAAAAACAGAAACUCAAACUCCUCUUCAUAUUAAUCCCCCUUUCGACUCCUCUUCGACACGUAACUAACUCCUUAAAAAAGACUCUUUAAUUCUCCUCUUUUUCCCUUACUUUCCCGCAAAGAAUCCCGACAGCCAAACGCAUUCUCUCGUUCAUUGUGGUUUUCUCAUUCUUUCUUGUUUUCUCUAACAACAACAACAACAACGAUGUGGGCUCAACCGUACCGGAAGACUGAUGUCGAGGCCGGCGGGAGUAGGCCUCUUUACCCGAUGAUGUUGGAGAGCCCUGAACUCCGCUGGUCUUUUAUUCGCAAGAUUUAUUCCAUCAUUACCAUCCAAUUGCUUGCUACCAUCGCCGUUGCCGCCACCGUUGUCUCCGUUCAUCCGAUUUCCCAUUUCUUUGUCAGCACUGGGGCUGGCUUAGCUCUUUACAUCGUCCUAAUAAUCACUCCCUUCAUCGUUUUGUGCCCUUUGUAUUAUUACUACCAGAAGCAUCCGGUGAAUUAUCUUCUACUUGGGGUUUUCACUAUUUCUCUUGCAUUUUCGGUUGGUCUGACCUGCGCUUUUACCAGCGGCAAGGUAAUUUUGGAGUCUGUAAUUCUAACCACUGUUGUAGUAGUUAGUCUCACACUCUACACAUUUUGGGCUGCAAGGAGAGGUCAUGACUUCAACUUCCUUGGACCCUUUUUGUUUGGAGCCAUGAUGGUUCUUAUGGUGUUUGCUUUUAUUCAGAUUCUCUUUCCGCUGGGCAAGAUCUCAGUUAUGAUAUAUGGGUGCCUGGCUUCAAUCAUAUUCUGUGGAUACAUUAUAUACGACACAGACAACUUGAUUAAACGCUAUACUUAUGAUGAAUACAUUUGGGCUGCGGUUUCCUUGUACUUGGAUAUUAUUAACCUCUUCCUCUCACUGCUGACUAUUUUCAGAGCAGCUGAUAGCUGAGCAGACAAAUCCUUUUGCUCCUUUUUUUCCUUGUAACCCCUUCUUUGGUAUAAACCAAUUCUUCACGACAUUGUUUCUUUUUUCCAUGUAGACUAUUAUAUUGAAGCAAAUAUACUUGUAUCUUAAUGGUAUGUACAUAGAAACAAGAUCUAAUUGUGUUGAAACUAUUGUCGGAUUAUCUACUAUAGAUCACUGUCACUUGAUGAAAA